AUGCAACCGUUCUCACGUACCGUUCCUGUACAAAUGCCUUCAUCAAGCAAUCUCGAUGAAUUCUCUUCCAAUUUGAAUGCAUCGUCACCUCGGGAUGUGCGCAUAAUGACGGCAACUAAUGAAGCAUUGAAGCAGCAAGGAAUGAUGGUUUCGCCGCCGCCAGUUCGAGCACAUCGAGCCAACAUCAUACCACAAAGAAAAAUGUCCUAUUGGGUACCAAAAGGAAAAGUGGAAUUACUUGACUAUUCUUUCGAGGACAGUAAAUUGUUGAGAGGUAAAUGA